GUACCCACGUCUCCUUGCACAACGCCAGUGAGCCCUGUUCUCCUUGCACAGUGCAUCAUGGACCACAAGCUAAACUUCUCCUCUGCUACUCCUGUCAAGAGCGUUGCAACGACCUGGGAUUAUGGCUACAACAUAAGACAUUCCAUCUUCCUGAUAACCGGUAUGUGUGUGGGUGUGCCGCUCGUGGUUUGGGCGCUGGGCGUUCUGCGCCAACACCAACACAACGGGGGCAGGGUGUCGGUCUUCAUCACCGUACUCCUCCUGACUGACCUCCUGGAGAUGUUCCUGAGCCCUGCCAUGGUGGUGUACCUUUUGUUGCCGGACGCCACGUGCAGCGGAUCUGUCUUCCUGCUGUUCUUCGGGGUGAAGUACUGUGGUCUGCACCUUCACCAGAUGGUGGCGCUGGAGGGAGUCAUUGCCAGGACGUACCUGCCGUUCACAUCUCUCCUGUUCUGGCGAUCUUUUUCCAUCCUCGUCUGCCUUCUUGAGGGUGUAUUUCUCCUCCUGUGUCUCUGUGUUUAUCCAUUUAUCCAGUCGGCUGCAGUCACCUUCUCGUGGCUGUUAGUAGCACUGGUACCACUGGGUUUCACAUGUAAACUGGCUUUUACACCCACAAUCUCCCCUCCAGACUCUGACACUGUGCAAGAGAAAGAUCGUACAGUGCUGGCCAUCGCUGUCGUUAGUUUUUUUAUACUGUAUGGUCCGUUUCUUGCAUUUGUCUUUGCCCAAUCAUUACUGCCGUUUUCCUCUGAGAAAUACGCCAAUGGCAUACUUGUGGCGAUGACGGUGAUCCAUCCAGUCGUUUGCCUGCGACUCAUUGCGGACCCUCUCUUGUGUGUGCUGGUGGUCAGGGAGCUCCCACUGGAUAAGGCAACAGCCAGGAUCAGUGUCUGACCACCGUUAAGGUUUUAAACUGACCAAAACAUUUCAAGGUUUUAGCAAUUGUCGAUCUUCUCGCCCGAAAAAGUUCAAUGUCAUUUGUUUCUCUAAAUGUGUAUAGUAGU